AUGUUUUUUCCAUCGAUCUCUUCUUUGGUCGUCUGGCGGACUGAGGACAGGAAGCGCUCAAAAGCGGACAACUUAUUGACCAGAUCUGCAUUUUGGGACACCUGUAGGCCGUCGACCGUUCGCUUAUUAAUCAUGAUCAGAGACUGGAGACAGAGGCCACCGCACGUGUACGGUGUGAACGGCGGACAAAAUUAUUUAAACACUCGCCUCGAAACCAACGCCCGGCAACACGUGGCCGCCUGCAAUACCCGCUCCGGGAGACAACGCUCAGAGCCCAGAACAAUUAAUGGCCAACCGAUCACUGGCCACGAGUUUGGUCGAUAUUUUGAGGACUAUUUAACUUACUUAUGA